CAGCAUUCCGCAUGUUAAUUCAGAUUUCCCUUCUACUCUUACAGACACGGUCAUAGCUGGAUCAUGAAUGACAAGUUUCUUCCAGAUUCAUCAAUGACCAUUGAUGGUUCAGAACUCAUUGCAUUGCUGAACAGCAGUGACUUUGAAUACGUGCCUAACACCAGCCACAUUUCUUCAUUGUGCAACUAUGACAGGAGCUACACAUUCGAUAUCAUUUUCUUUCCCAUUUUUUACACGGUUACAUUUAUUUUGGGGAUCCUUGGCAAUGGAACAGUGGUGGCAGUUCUUGUAAAAUACAGACGGAAACUGGUUAUGACCGAUGUCUAUAUUCUUCACUUAGCUAUUGCCGACAUUCUGCUUGUAAUGACACUGCCCUUCUGGGCUGCAAAUGCUGUUCAUGGCUGGGUUUUUGGUUCUUUAAUGUGUAAGAUCUUUGGUGCAGCAUUCAAAAUUAACUUCUAUUGUGGUAUUUUUCUUCUGGUAUGUAUUAGCUUUGAGCGCUACCUUUCUAUAGUUCAUGCAAUCCAGAUGUACAAGAAAAGGAAAACUGUCUCAAUCACAAUAACCUGCCUUGUAGUUUGGAUAAUCAGCAUCUUUAUGACACUUCCUGAUUUUAUUUUUCUUCAAGGAAUAUUUGAGGAAAGACGUAAUAUUUUUGUUUGUAUCCACAACUUCCCUGCUGUAACUGCCAAACACUGGAGGAUAACCAUGCGUUUCAUUUAUCAUGUCAUUGGAUUUUUCAUCCCUUUGGCAAUAAUGUUUUACUGCUACAUUUUAAUCCUCAGAACUCUGUGUCAAUCACCAGGCUGUUAUAGACAGAGGGCCGUGUAUGUCAUUAUAGCACUUGUUGCUGUAUUUUUCAUGAGUUGGGCACCGUACAAUAUAACGAUGUUACUCGACACUUUACGUCUACUGGGCUUUGCGGUUCAAGACUGUGACAACAUCUGGAAACUAAACAUUGCUCUGUCCAUCACAGUCAGUUUAGGAUACUUCCACUGUUGCCUUAACCCUUUCCUCUAUGCCUUCAUUAGUAUCAGAUUCCGAACAAAAAUUCCAGACAUUCCUAACACUACUGGUGGUGCCAGUCAAGAAUUUAUGUAGGACCACAGGACAUUAAUUAUGGGAAGUGUCACUGUGCCAGAGGCAUUGGGUACUGUUUUUCCUGACACUAUGAUGGAAAUUCCUGAAAAGGAUUUUGUUGUAGGACUAGCAACAUGGCAUGAAAUCCCAUAACAUUAUCAGACAAUUGGCCCAUGUGUUGUUAAUGGUCAACAGUUGGUAAAGUUAUCUGUUAACCAUUUUCACUGGCAACCUGCUUCUAGUACAUUAAGAUGCAAGGAGUCAAUUUGCAUGCAGUAGUACGACAGAACAGGAAGGAAGUAUUAAACUAAGAAGUCAUUCACAGAGACACAUCCUGCUGUGUAUCCUGAAAGUCAAAUAGUUAUGGACACCUGUAACUUACUUCAGUCAUUCAGACAUUUUUCUGAUAUCUGUUUAUGAUAUUCAGGUUCUCAGGGGGAGUCAGAGAGCAGGCCAGCAAUCCACGGGAAAAAGCCAGAGAAGUAAUUUUAAUUCCAUUGCAUGAAACACACAUGCACACACACACACACACACACACACACACACACACACACACACACACACACACACACAC